AUGAGUCAUGAAAAGACUUCAGAUUCCGCAUCUUUGAGCUGCUCUUUUAGUGCUGAUAUUCUCAGCUUAAGCUCUUCCUCUUCCUGGAAAAACAUCGUCUGGAUCGUGAACGUGCGGGUUUCGCUCCAGGAUAAAUGGGUCGUCACACUUUUCGCUAAUCGUCUGAAGAGUUUCGCCUUCUCUUACCACGUAAAUUUCGUCGCAAGCUCGGUUAUUACCUCGGAAAAAAUGCUCGAGCUCCACGCUCGAGCACGUGAUUUUCGGCAGCUGGGCAGAAAGCAAAAGAAUCAUUACGAAAUAAAAGCACGGUUUGAACGUCAUCAUCAAACUCGCCGCCAUGCUCCGCCGUGUCUUGGCCGUGGUUCUUGGAACGGAGAAAAAGUUGGUUUAGUGAUUGUAUAA